UGUUUCCAUUCUUGUUCUUCCUCUCUGAGUCUCUCUGUGUCUCGAAAUCCCUCACUCAAACAGGAAAAAGAAAAAAGAAAAACAGAGCAUACUUUCUUUCCAAUUAGUUCAAGCUGGCGAUCGAAAAUAAUGAAACCACUGUCCGAGAAAUCAAGCCCAAGAGCAGAAGAAUUAUGGGAGCCGGUGGGCCUGAGGAAGAAGACAACAGGUGGCCGCCAUGGUUGAAACCUUUGUUGAGAGAACAAUUCUUUGUUCAAUGCAAGCACCAUGUUGAUUUUCACAAGAGUGAAUGCAAUAUGUUCUGCUUAGAUUGCAUGAACGGCGCCCUCUGCUCUCUCUGCUUAGCUCAUCACAAGGAUCAUCGUUAUAUUCAGAUAAGGCGAUCUUCGUACCACGAUGUAAUAAGAGUAUCUGAGAUACAGAAGUAUCUAGACAUAUCUGGAGUUCAAACAUAUAUUAUCAACAGUGCCAAGAUUGUUUUCUUGAACGAGAGGCCGCAACCGAGGCUCGGAAAAGGCGUGACCAACACUUGCGAGGUCUGUGAUCGUAGCCUUGUGGACUCCUUCCGGUUCUGUUCUCUCGGUUGCAAGAUAGUUGGAACAUCAAAUAGUUCCCGUAAGAAGAAGAGGCCGUUGCACAUGGGCAUGGCAUUAGACUCUGAGGAUUCAUACAGCAGCGGUAGCAGCGGCCAUGGAAAGCUAAACAACAAAGCGCGGAGCUUUAGUCCGUCGACACCGCCUCCGACUUCGGUUAAUUAUCGGACUGUGAAACGAAGAAAGGGGAUUCCCCACAGAGCUCCGAUGGGAGGACUAAUCGUAGAAUUUUAGGCAAACCCAUAAAGAUAAAUGUUCACUAUUAGUCAUAGUUCAGUUAGUAUUAAUGCUGUUAUAACAAUAUCAAGGGUAUAUGUUUUAACACGUUAUAGCGUGUAAUAUUUAGUUAAUGUCGGAUUUUUGGGGGAAAAACCGACAUCGACACACUAUAUAUACUAUUGUGUACAUUACAUGAUAUAUGUAUAGGAGCAGCAAAACAUAGAAGUGAAAAAUGAUAAUAAUAAGCUAUUUGGAAUGCUUAGUUUUUAAUAUAAACUAGGGUUUGUUUUCUGGUUUUAGGGCAAGACCAGAAGCAGUUGAAACACAAGGAAAAAAAAUAACAUCUAGUCCUCUCCAAGGGGAUGUUUGUAUUUUUGCCUAUAUAUGAAUUUUGUAUCCAAACAUA